AUGCUGUCUUUAUCAAACAAAACUGAAAAUCUUGAACAAAAAAUAGCAGCUUUAGAAGAUAGAUCAACAAAAAGUAACAUAAGACUCAGAGGCGUGCCUGAAGACAUUACUACAGAAAAAAUAAAAGAUUAUCUAUGUAACUUAUUUAAAGAGGUUCUUCCUGAAAUGUCUACAGUCGACUAUCAAAUAGAAAAUUUUCAUCGAAUUCGUAAACCUAAUAUAACUGAAGACAUUACUACAGAAAAAAUAAAAGAUUAUCUAUGUAACUUAUUUAAAGAGGUUCUUCCUGAAAUGUCUACAGUCGACUAUCAAAUAGAAAAUUUUCAUCGAAUUCGUAAACCUAAUAUAAUUGCUUCGCAUCUUCCAAGAGAUGUGAUAGUUAGUUUUCGCUCACCAUCAGUAAAAGAUAAUCUAAUUAAAGCCAACCGUAUAAAACCCCAAACAAAUCUCAUCUACAAAGACAUAAUUUUUUUGCAAGACUUAUUUCAUUUUACUAGGACUUGGAAAAAAUCCUUCUCAACAGUAACAGAUUUCUUAAGAAAAAAUGACAUCAGAUUCCAAUGGGGCUUCCCGGCAUCUCUAAAAUUUAUUUGGAGACAAGAAAAAAUUUCCUUUACUGAUGUAAAUGAAGCAAAGAGCUGGUUAGCCAAAAUUAAAGCUGAAAAAUAA